AUGGGUGUAGAAUGUUCAAUUCUUCAGUGUGGUAAUGAAUUCAACUUUAAUUUGAGGAAAGUGAGAGGAUUUAGGCUUGGAAGGAGAUUGGUGAGAGAUUUCAAGUUGUUCAUUUAUAGGAGAAGAAAGGGAAAAAUCAGCUACAAACGUUUGGGAUCCUCCAAUUGUUCAACCAAAGCAAUUUCAAAGCUCUGUAAUUUGGGAAAUUUGUUGAAGCGUGGUGUUAAAGGUGUCAACUUUAGAAGAAUCGGUUCGUGUUAUAUUCGGGUUGGGUCGGAUUUUAUGGAUCAGAACCAAAUACCAAAAGGACAGUUGGCUGUGUAUGUUGGUGAAAAGAAGGAUGAUGCAUGUAAAGUUUUUGUGCCUAUGAUUUACUUUAAUCACCCUUUGUUUGCUGAUUUGCUGAGAGAGGCUGAAAUGGUUUAUGGGUUCAAUCACUGGCGUGGGAUCCAAAUCCCUUGUCGGAUAUCCGAAUUCGAGCACGUUCAAUCAAGAAUCGCCGCCACAGGGGACGGUGGAAGUUGUGCCGAAAGGCGGAGGUGGCAGCAUAAGUACUGGUGAGUUGUGAUCAGAGGCGAAUAUAAAAUUUAAAAGUAUAUUUUCUUAUGUUGUGUUUGUAGAAGAAAUUAAUGAACAAGAAUCGCUGCCAACAGUAGUCAUAAGUACUGGUAAGUUGUGAUCAGAGGCGAAUCUAAGUUUAAAAAGUAUAUAUUUUAACUUAUGUGUGUUGAAGAAAGUAAUGGACAAGAACUGCCGCCACGGUGACGGUAGAAGUUGUCGUGAUAAGCGAGCUGGAGUCAUAAGUACGGAUGAGUUGUGAUCAGAGGUGAAUCUGAAAUUUUGAAGUACGUUCUUUUUAACUUACAUGUCUAUGAAGAAAGUAAUGAAUGUUCUUGCAUUUACUACUUACUAGAUUUGUCUUUCACUAUUGAUCAUGUCAGAAUCUGUACCUAUUUAUGUUUAUUUAGUGAUCAGUUCGUUAGUCGUUUUUAACCCACUCAGUAAAAUGAUG